AUGAACCCAACAACCCCUCCCAAUCACUCAUCAACAACACAAACCCAACUCGUCGCGCACCCCCCUCCAAUAGAAACGAUACUGCUUCCCUCCGGCAAAUUCUUCGAAGAAGCUAUCACAUUAUUCGCAACCCUCACAUCCUCCUUUCCCGGCCCACAAUUCCCAUGCUCCCCCCAUCCCCAGGCCAGAACGUCUCCGUCGCGGGUAAGCGCGAGGGUGUGUUCGCUGCCUACUGCUAUUUUCUCUAUCGAUGGUAGAUCGGGGGGUGCGCAUUGGCCGUGGUCGUUGCGGCCCCACGAUAGGAGUGUUCCGUCAUCUUUAAGGAGGACGAUGUUGCCCCAUCCGGCGCUGACGUCGCUCCAGUUCUUGAUAUUAGCGUCGGCAGGGGGCUUGACGUCCCAUUUAUCCUUCCCGAGGAACAAACUCUCUCCUUCCCCAGGAGAGCCUAGGAGAUACGUAAACUCCCUCCCACAAACCGCUCUCACAACCUUAAACCCCACCCCCUCCACCUUCCGCGGCUCAUGCACCACCUCUGCCGGUUCCCCGAGCUGGCCUUUUCGUCCGUUACCCCAGCCAUAUACGUCCCCGUUAUCCAGGACGACGAUCACGUGGCCCAUGCACGCUGCGAGGUCCACAACCUCCCUAUCCGGCGAGGGAAAAUCAGGAAGGAGUUCAGGGCGUGGGGAGCGGAUGAUUAGAGUUCCUUGUCCGAGUUCCCCCUUCUGGCCCAUGCCGAAGGUAUACACAUCCCUCGCCCGCCCCGUCCCAUCAGCAGCAACAACAACAGAAGCUUCCCACAUCGCAGCGCAAUGCGUGACCUUGGGAUUAGCCUUGAUAUCAGCCUCUGCAGAUUUGAAGGCGUUAGGUCCCCACAGCUCAGUCGAGUCAGGCGACACCUGUGACUCUGCUUCAGCGGAGGCGGAGAACGUCAAUAACACCGGACUGAAACUCCCCGAUGUGGAAGGCGGCAGAAAAUAG